GUCAAGCUGUCACGAUGAGUAGAAAGCCGCGUACAUCGAGCAAACAGCGCCCAUUCAUUCAUGGCGCCUCGCUGUUGCUGCUGCUGCUGCUAUCGCUGUUGCAAUUCACAUCGGUUUCCUGCUAUGGCGAUCACAUCCGCAGUCGCUUGACCAAACAAGCUGAGCAGAAUCUUGAAGCCAUCACUGGAAAUGCUGUAAUCCAGGCCACCGAAGUGAUUGAUGGUGUUGUGGAUGAUCUGCUCAUUUUGGACUCUCAGAAUAGUAAAAUGCUCGAUUACCUCGGCAAAUGUGAGCGAUAUCUUGCCGUUAGCAACAAUCAUACCAAGGAAACGCUGCAGUUGUUCUAUGACAUUGUCGAUGACUAUUUAGAUUCCGAUGCCGCCGAGAAGACGACGAACAUUGAGACCCAGCUGAUUGCCUUCUGCCUGCAACGCAAUGGCUUCGAUCGCUGGAAGCGCACCGUUCAAUUGCGCACCAAUCAGCUGCUUAAAUCCUUUGGUAAAAAGAUCCACAAAUAUGCUGAGUCACUCGACAAGGAGGAGCGUCUGGUACUUGAGCAUCAUUGGAAGUUGGUUUCAGUGCGCAAUGGGCAAAGAAAGCUGGAAAAAUUUCGAGAUUUUAUUAGCUGGUUGGCGCGAUAAGAGCGCUCAGCAACUACGCAUCGAGAUGACAUCGUGAAGAUAUUCUCCUCAGUUUUUUAAUUACAUAAUUCUCAUCAAUUAAUUAUAAUAAUAACAGAUCAUUUAAUUUAUUGCAUCAUCUUAUCAAUAUAAACAAUGUUAUAAAUUCAUUUCAGACUUUUCCGUGUCAAAAGCAACAUAUCUAUUUUGUAUAAUUUAUGAAUAUAAUUUAUUU